CUCUUUCUUCAAGACAACUUCUUUGGCAUGACUGCAGUUUCGCAAAUCUAAGCAAUGGCUCCAGUCUUAUUUAAAAUGCUGACAUUUACAGUCAUCGGGUGCCUCCUGACAGCACACAUUCAGCCAUCUCUAUCAGAUGAAAAUGAGCAUGACCCUGAUGAAGAUGAGCCUAUGUCUUGUCCUACAAUCAACAGUCCCUCAACAGAAGUUGCCAUAGGCGAGAGUGUAACACUGAAGUGCUCCUCGAAAACAUGUUCUCUGCCAGUUAACUACACCUUAUAUAAAGGAAAUGUCAGAGUGCUAUCUCCUGCAAGCAAUAAAGGAGAAGAGGCUGAAUUUAACUUCACCAUCAAAUUAAUCAGUGAACUGGGUGAAUAUAAAUGCAAAGCUGCAAAUUUUAAUGAAAGCAAAUAUAGUCUUGGUUUCAACUUCACACUGGGAGAGCCUGUGUCUCAACCUGUGGUCUGCAGUUCCUCAACAGAAAUUAGUAGAGGUGAGAAUGUGACACUGUCUUGCUUCUCAAGGACUGGUUCUCUGCCCAUUAAAUACACACUAUAUAAAGGAAAAAACAGAGUGCGACGUCCUGCAAGCAAGAACAAGACAGGAGAAGCUGCUGAGUUUCACUUCCCUAUCAAUUUAAUCAAUGAUCUCGGUGAAUAUAAAUGCAAAGCUGAAAACAAAUUUUCUACAGGAAAAUAUAGCCUUGGUUUCAACUUUACAAUGAGAGGAGAGGACAAUAAUACAAUUUUGUUCAUCGUGCCACCUCUGCUAUUGCUGCUUUUGGCAUUAUUUUUAGCAAUUCUGUUGCUUAUCCUUCCCCGGCGUAAAGCAAGAAAUCUGAGAGACGUCCCACCCACUGUUAACCCAGCAAGUUACCCAGGCCCAGAAAAUGAUGUGACUUAUGCCGAGAUUGCACAUGAAAAAUUCCAAGAAGAAUAUGUCAACUUGGAAUUUAGUAACAAAAAAGAAAAAAGAAAAGUGAGCUUCGGAGACGCUACUACAGUCGCCUAUUCAGAAGUCAUCAGAAGAUAA